AUGUUUUAUGAAUGUUGUAUUUUUGAUUUUUCAGGUUCAGGAAUCUUCAGUGAUGACCAGCUCCUCCCAGCGCAUCCAGAUAAUCUCCACAGACUCAGCCGUGUCCACUCCUCAGCGUAUCCAGAUUGUAACAGAUCAGCAGACAGGACAGAAGAUCCAAAUUGUAACAGCUGUAGACUCCUCGGUGUCACCCAAGCAGCAGUUCAUCUUGACCAGUCCGGAUGGAUCUGGAGCAGGGAAGGUGAUAUUGGCCACCCCAGAAUCUCCCAAUACCAAGCAGCUGAUUUUCACAACAGAAAACAUCGUCCCGGGGAGGAUUCAGAUAGUAACGGAUGCAGCGUCUCUGUGGAAAGACUUCUGGGAAAAACAGAAGUGCAGCGGCCUCAGAUUAUCGAAUACUGCGUAGUGUGCGGGGACAAAGCAUCAGGUCGCCACUAUGGGGCUGUCAGCUGCGAAGGAUGCAAGGGCUUCUUUAAAAGAAGCGUUCGGAAAAGCCUGACGUACAGCUGUCGCAGCAGCCAGGACUGCGUCAUCAACAAGCACCACCGGAACCGAUGCCAGUUUUGUCGCCUCAAGAAAUGUCUAGAAAUGGGCAUGAAAAUGGAAUCGGUGCAAAGUGAGCGGAAACCAUUUGACAUUCAGCGGGAGAAGCCAUCCAACUGUGCAGCAUCUACAGAAAAGAUCUACAUCCGGAAGGAUCUGCGAAGUCCGCUUAUAGCGACGCCAACAUUCGUCUCCGACAAAGAUGGUGGGAGGCAAUCAGGACUUCUCGAUCCGGGGAUGCUGGUCAAUAUACAGCAGCCACUUGUAAGAGAAGACGGCACUGUGGUUCUGUCUGGAGACUCCAAGACGGAAGCCAGUCAGGGUGGACUGGGAACUCUAGCAAACGUUGUCACAUCGCUCGCCAGUCUCACGGAGUCGGAAAACAAUGGGGACACUUCAGAUGCCCAACCAGAGGACCAAUUCUCCAGUGAGAUUACGCGGGCUUUUGACACGUUAGCAAAAGCACUUAACACAUCAGAGUCAGCUGGAGGACAGAACCAGCCAGAAGCGGACGGGGUGGACCCAGCAGCUGGAGGGAACAUUCACGUCAUUAGCCGGGAUCAGGCCACCCCUAUCCUGGAGGUGGAAGGACCCCUUUUGUCAGACACACAUGUCACAUUUAAGCUAACUAUGCCGAGUCCGAUGCCGGAGUAUCUGAAUGUACAUUAUAUUUGUGAGUCAGCUUCCCGCUUGCUUUUCCUUUCCAUGCACUGGGCUCGAUCUAUUCCUGCCUUCCAGGCCUUGGGGCAGGAUUGUAACACCACUCUCGUUCGUGCCUGCUGGAAUGAACUGUUCACGCUCGGCCUUGCACAGUGUUCACAAGUGAUGAGCCUCUCCACCAUCCUGGCUGCCAUUGUUAACCACCUACAGAACAGCAUACAGGAAGACAAGCUAUCCAGUGAGAGGAUAAAGCAGGUGAUGGAGCACAUAUGGAAGCUGCAGGAGUUCUGUAACAGCAUGGCCAAACUGGACAUCGAUGGCUACGAAUACGCUUACCUGAAGGCCGUGGUCCUCUUCAGUCCAGAUCACCCAGGACUGUCCAGUACGGCACAGAUUGAAAAGUUUCAGGAAAAGGCACAGAUGGAGCUCCAGGACUACGUCCAGAAAACCUACCCUGAGGAUACCUACAGGCUGGCGCGAAUCUUGGUGCGGCUCCCGGCUCUGAGACUUAUGAACUCUAGCAUCACCGAGGAACUCUUUUUUACUGGCCUGAUCGGCAACGUCCCCAUCGACAGUAUAAUCCCAUACAUCCUGAAGAUGGAGACGGCAGAGUACAAUGGGCAGAUCACGGGGACCAGCGUAUAG